GUGGUGAGAUGGUGGGUGGGUGGUGGGUGCGAGUGCGAAAGGACGGGGACGUGUGAUGUGUGGUAUGGUGGGAUGGGUAAGUCACUGCUGCUGCUGGGCGAGUGGAACAGGUAGACACAGACUGCUUGUUUCUCUUUCCGGCACACACAGUACAGUAUAUGCAGGCCCAGCUCACGAAGGCCAUCGUAUCCCCCACAUAUAUAUUUCACAACAGCCGCUUACGCAUCUCUCCUCCCUUCUACUCCCUCACAUCUCUGCCCACCACAGCCCAUGCAUUUCAGACAACCAUUCUCCGUACCAGUCACCAUGACCCGUAUAUAUAUCGAUUAGCUGCACAGCCAGCCUACUUCCUUGCUAUCCCUAUAUCAGACAGAGGUGUCAAUCACCAAUCAGCCUGUUACAACACCAAAACCAAAACCCAAAACCCAUACCCGACGUCUUACACACACUCCUUUUCACUUACCUACCUACCUAGUCCCCCCAGCAGCGCGCUAUAACCCAAAAACCCAAACACUAAACCCCCGCGUCCCA